CUUCCCCUAAAAUUCUCCAAAAUGGAGCUGCCUCUGCCUCUUACGGCGUAUUCUUUCAAACACUCUUUGCUAAAGCCCCGGAUUUUAAUUGUUUUCCUUUCCAUGCUUUUAUUCACAACCAUGCUGGGCCUACUGCAGCUGAAAUUCUUAAAAGCCAAAGUCAAAGACUUUUAUUCUUUUGAAGUGAAAGAUAUGAAGGGGAGAACCAUUUCCUUGGAGAAGUACAGAGGCAAAGCAUCUCUGGUUGUAAACGUGGCUAGCCGCUGCCAGCACACAGACAAAAAUUACAUCAUGCUACAGGAACUGCACAGAGAGUUUGGGCCCUCUCACUUCACAGUGCUGGCCUUCCCAUGCAAUCAGUUUGGGGAAUCAGAGCCGGGAACAAACCAAGAAAUCAGCGCAUUUGCAAAAACAAAUUAUGGAGUCACUUUCCCCGUUUUCAGCAAAAUAAAGAUUCUUGGAUCAGAAGCAUUGCCAGCAUUUAAAUUUCUGAUAGAGUCUUCCAAGAAAGAGCCUAGGUGGAAUUUUUGGAAGUAUCUCAUCAGUCCUGAAGGUAAAGUUGUGAAAUUCUGGAGACCUGAAGAGCCCAUAGAAAGCAUCAAGCCAGAUGUAGUGGCUCUGAUUAGGCAGAUCAUUGUGAAAAAGAAAGAAGACCUGUGAAGAGCCACCAUGCUGCCUUGCCAUUUCUUUAUCACUACAUCUCCUCAUGGCCUCAGUACUUUGCUGCUCAAUAAUGAUCCAACCUGGAGAACCUGAAGCUUUUCUUGCUAUGAAGUUUCAGUGCCACAUUGGACAGGAAAUUCUUCCUUUCAGGGCCAACUGCAACUUGUCAUGCUGUGCAAGAACUGAGCCCAGGACAUGGCCCAUUCCCCAUAAAAGGGCAUAACUAAGGAAGCAUUUGCACAUUUCAAAAAGAUCAGCCAUCUAGUAUGAACAGCAAUUGUUCAGGGCACUUCCUUGAGUCAGUAGCUGCUAUAUAGAAAACAAAUUCCAGUCACCUGCAUUAGAAGAAAUGCUUUGAGAUUUUUCAGAGUUCUGACCUGUUUUUACUGAGAAUUAUCUGGGCAGCAAGCUUACUGUACUAAGGAAUUCAGAUCCACUUUUGUGGGGUCCCACAGCACAUUCCUGCAGUGUUCCCAAUAGCUUUGUUGAACUUUGGUUGACCUGGGAUAGCUGCAACCCCUGGGAACAACACAGGUAACAUUCUAGGAGACCUGUGUAUUUUUAAGAAACCAUCCCUCCAUUUAGGAAUGUUGGAAUACAGCCUGGCAUUUUGAUACAGGUAUCAAACACUUUUGCAAAUUAGCAAUGGCUCUUCAGAAAUGGCCAGACUGCCAUCAUUUCCAGCAUGCACGAGGUACUGAAGUAUAAGGAAAUAGCAUAUUGUGAUAAUGUUCUGAAUGGCAGUUCACAAUCCAUUAUUUCAGCAAGAGCAAAUAAAGACAAUGGUAAUAGCAAUAAGGUAAUUGGGGACAGGGGCUAAAUCUUCAUUCCUGCGAAAAGUGAGAGACAAGCAAAGGACUACAGAGCACCUUCUACCACACUCAAACAGCAGCAGAGACUUGGGCAGAGUCCUUUCCUUGUGCAUUUCAUCUGCUACACUAAUAGAACCCCACCUGCUAGUUACAUGAUAAAGAGAUGAAGCUGGAAAUUCUAUUUUUUAAGUGGGAAGGAAGAGGCACUUAAGGAAUGAGCUCUACUCAAGCAUCCACUGUGUUACCAAUGGAGAAAGGGUUUAAAGAGUUCUUUGCCCAUGUCCUGUCUUACAAAACAAGGAAGCAGCAGAGGUGCAUAGGGAAGGAGUCCAUGGCAUGAAGACAAUUCUGAGCUCCAGAUCUUGGCGGCCAUAUUGAAGAAGAAGAGUUUGGAUUUAUACUUCCCUUUCUCUCCUACCACAACAGACACCUGAUGAGGUAGGUGGGGCUGAGAGAGUUAUGAAUCAACUGUGACUGGCCCAAGGUCACCCAGCAG